CAGCGCUUCAUCCACCCUCCAUUAUUUCCUUCAGAGAUUAAAUUAAAUAACUAAAGAAAGAAAAUCAAUUGGAUGCUUGAGAUUUGGUUUCUAUAUAAUCGACAACAAACCCUUCGUCAAAAACCUCUUUCCCCUUCACACAUCUUCUCUUCCUUAACUCCACAAUCUUCCCCUGUUUUUGUUUUAUCGUUUAUAUUUUGAGAUCCCGUCGGUUCCUCUCGAUACCAUAUUCCUCCUCUGUUUUAUUCUUUUAUCAUCAAUAACAAAACUCAGACCGAGGAAAAAAAUAUAAAGCUAAAACUUUAAUGGUCGGAAACUAAUGACUCCGGUUCUCUGCGAAAUCUUGCUCUCUGGGCUCACGGUUAAAUCUGCUCUCCGCCGUAGAACCCAUCUCGUUCAAUCUUUCUCCGUUGUCUUCCUCUACUGGUUCUACAACGUUUCAUGAAUUGCUGAAAACCCUCAAAUCUAAUCUUCAAAUUAAUUACAUAAUAUAUUCAUUAUUUUCAGACAAUUUUUAUAAAAAACACAAAAGAUCUGUCCUUUUUUUUACUGAAUCUGUCCUUUCUUGUUCUUGUAAUAAUUUUCUUUGUUAACCCUUUUUACGCGGGAUAAAAUGGCGUCAUCUAGCAGCACAUACCGGAGCUCUAGCUCUUCCGACGGCGCCGUCGCCGUCGCCGUUGACGAGCGAAAACGUAAGAGAAUGUUAUCGAACCGUGAAUCUGCACGUAGAUCAAGGAUGCGUAAACAAAAACACAUCGACGAUCUAACGGCUCAGAUCAAUAAGCUUUCAAGCGACAACCGUCAGAUCUUGACGAGCCUCACCGUCACAUCUCAGCUUUACAUGAAGAUCCAAGCCGAGAACUCCGUCUUGGCCGCUCAGAUGUCAGAGCUAAGCUCUAGACUCGAGUCGUUGAACGAAAUCGUUGAUCUCGUGACGUCGACGAACGGUGCAGGUUUCGCUGGUGGUGUGGAUCAGAUCGACGGCUGUGGAUUCGAUGAUCGUACGCUUGGGAUUAGCAACGACGGAAAUUACGAUGAUAUGAUGGGUGGCGUUAAUCAUUGGGGUGGUUCGGUUUACGCUAAUCAACCCAUCAUGGCUAAUGAUAUCAAUAUGUAUUAAAUUUAAAGUAAUUAUAUAAACUUUUAUAAGUUAAAAACUAAUAUUAUUGCUUUUAUAUUUAUAAGUUUAGCUUUUGAGUUGGGUCUGUGUGGAGAUGUAGUUAUAAUCUAUGCAUCUUGAUUGGUUGGAAGGAUAGAUAAACUUAUAUAUAUUGGGGACACAUAUAGGCUGUCCUUUGUCAUGUAUUGGUGUGUGCUCGUUUAUUAUAUAAAUUUUAUAGUAAUUAAUAUGAUUACUAGGUGUUUUACCCGC